AUGGUGGAUUUUGUAAACUCUGACCCGCUAUCUGUCGGCAUCCGGUAUUUUAGAGCCUUAAUUCGUCAGUAUUAUCAAGACUGCAUUACUGAAAAGGGCCUUCACGGCUGGGAUUUCACAACCACUGUGAUGAAGGGGAUUAAUCUCCCUAUUUUUCAGUACAUCCUUGAGCGGUUUAGACUGAAGGAGGCAGAAGCCUUUAAUCCUGCUCGUCCUCUUCACAAGAUGACCUUGACGAAAACAAAACUUGUCAAGACGAGAAUCAGAAGAAACUUCGAGGGGUUGAAGUUUGCGGACCGCAAGAGACGCACUCACAGUGUAGAAGAACUUGGAGAGCUUGCACGUAAGAAGAAUCAAGCUGCAAGACUGACUGCCAAAUUCAAAAGAAGAAAGGACAACUUUUUGAAGUAUGAGGCAGACAUUAUUCAAAAGUUUCAUCCCAAAGAAAGUUGCAGGGCUUUUCUUGUAAAAGGCUACAUGUCCGAGGAUGAGGAUGAUCAAGUCAAUGAUCAAGGUCAAGCCCUUUCUUACACCAGCCUUCGUCCCAGUUGGAGAUCCGAUCAGCUGAACAAAAUGUUUGAUGAGUUGGAUUCUCCUUCUGGGCAGAGAAAUGUUGGAAGACCAUUAGGGGGUGCCAAACAUUAAAAAAAUCAUUUCCUUAAUUUUUAAAAAACAUUCCCGGGAAUUUUUCCCCAGCCAAAUUCCCUAAACUUUGCGGGAACGAUUUUUUGUGCCCGAGAUUUUGCGGGCAAGAAAAAGUAUUCCCGAGAAAUCUCGGGAAAGAAUACUCAUUUUCUAUUCGUUGUUG